AAAGGAGUAUAGCUUUUUGUCUUUAAUGGGCCUAAUUAUGCUUAAGACCUUUAGAGCUGUUUGGUUAAGUUCUGAUUAGGUGUUUCUGGGAUGUAACGUUUACAGCCAUCCAUACAAAAAGGGAUGCGUUUAAAGGCUGGUCACGUGGUUAAGAAAAAAAGAAAAGAUAAGAAAAGAAACAAACUAAAGCAUAAAAUAACAGUCACGUUUUCAGAGGCUUCAAAGUUGCAUCAGUGUUUAUAUGUUUUCCCACUUUCUCUCUCUUGAUUGAAGAAAUGCAUGGAUUCUAUCCCAUCCAUCACCUCCACCCCUCCCCUCACUCUCCAAACACAGGAGCGGGUAACGGUUCAUCUCUAGCCCACUCUCUCCUGUGGCACCGUGCUGGACAGAAACUUGUGCUGCCGACUCGUUGCUUCACGGUCACAUCACGCAGAUUGUUUUUGUUUUGUUUUGCCAACCAGAAAGUGUUGUGUCGCUGUUGCCUCUCGCGGCGGAGAUGAAUCAGUCGAACGGAUACUGCAGCGCGUAAAAGUUGUGGAUGCUUACUUUUGCGCACCAGCAUUUGGAAGACUGUUUUGUCUCCAGAAGUUGCAGCAGAACACGAGAGAAGGCGAAAUUCUUCCCUCUGCAAAAAUAUCGCCCGCAAGCAGGCUGGAAGACCAUCAGCUCCGGAGAACGCCGCGAUUCCGCAGAGCGCAGAUGAUCGCAACUGGUGUUUGUGGCGUCGCGCUGGUGCUGGUGCUGGUGGUUCUGAUCCCGGUCAUGGUGAACACCGCCGGGACUCCCGCGCGAUAUGAGAUGCUCGGAUCCUGUCAAAUGGUGUGCGACUCUCACGGGACGGCGGCCACGGCCACAGCCAAGGCGACCAACCCGAUCAAAGACAACCGCCUCGUUCAGUCGCUCCCGACGUUCAUCCAAGGUCCCCAGGGAGAGCCGGGGCGCGUCGGGAGGAUGGGUCCGAGGGGUCCAGGUGGAGAGCCAGGGCCACCAGGACCCGCUGGCCCGCCCGGAGAGAGAGGGGCGCCGGGCCCUCCGGGUCUCCCGGGAGCGCCCGGAGCGAACGGGCCCAACGGCGCAAUCAGCGCAGCCACUUACAACACCGUGCCAAAGAUUGCGUUCUAUGCAGGACUGAAGAAGCAGCACGAAGGAUAUGAAGUGCUGAAAUUCGACGACGUGGUCACAAAUCUUGGUAACCACUACGACCCCUCCACAGGGAAAUUCACCUGCUCGAUACCCGGGAUUUACUUCUUUGUUUACCAUGUGCUGAUGCGAGGCGGAGAUGGAACGAGCAUGUGGGCUGAUCUCUGUAAAAACAACCAGGUGAGAGCCAGCGCCAUCGCCCAGGACGCCGACCAGAACUACGACUACGCCAGCAACAGUGUCGUCCUCCACCUCGAGCCCGGGGACGAGAUCUACAUCAAGCUCGACGGCGGGAAGGCGCACGGGGGCAACAACAACAAGUACAGCACCUUCUCCGGCUUCAUGCUGUACGCCGACUGAACGCACAGGACACGCUCCACAUUAACGCUUUGCUUCACCGCCCAUGCUCGAUUCAAUGUCAGUUGGAUUAUUAGAGACAGAGCUCACCCCCCCCCUCCCCCUUCCCUUCCCCCCUCAUUGUGCAAAAGAGUCCAGGGAGAUGUGGAGGACGUCACGCGAAAAAAAAAAAAACUUGCACUUUGCAACGAAGAGCUUAACCGUGUAAUUACAGAGUAAUAACGCCCCAUGAUGAAUUUUAACGUGUACAGCACUCAAGUGUUUCCCUUUGUCAGAUUGAUUAGUGUCGCUAUUGUACCCCGAAUGAACUGUUAUGCUUUACAAAUUAAGUCUGCUGACAUGUCAAACAUACUGUAGCUGCUGUGGUUCCAACACAUACUGGGGUGGGUCAAUGUACUGACCUUCAUCACCCCAUUAUUAUACUCACUAAUCACCACUCUGUUCACAGUGUUGUUGGUCGUGCGUGUGCUUUUUAUUUUUUCCAAAAAGGAAUAUCAGACAUGUGUUGCAUUGUUCUGAGUGGAAAUGUAAAAAGCCGUAGUGAUGCAUGUGUGAUUAUACAAACAAACAAACAAACAAAAGAUGAAGAACAUGGCACUGAAUGUGUAAAGGGGCUGUUCUGAUGUUCACAUUGAAGCACUGUCACCACAAAACGAUCAGAGUAACUCAUUUUUCUUGUCUCAAUAUGACAGCUGGUUUGGUUGGGUGGGUGGGUGGAUGGGUGGGGGUGGAGGGGGCAGCAGGGUGGUCUGGUGGUUAGUCACCGUCACGAAACUGGACGUUCACACUGACACAAAUGUUUUCCUCCAUCGAUCCGUCCAGACAAGAACUGUCAGGCGGCUGCGACGUACAAUUAAAUCCUUUCCCCAAAGUCCCCCGCUACUCUAAUCCUCUCCGAAAAAAAAAAAAAAGAAAAAAAGAAAAAAAAAAAAAAAGAUGAA